AUGGCAAUGCUUCGAAGCCGAGGGCAACAUCAGACUCAAUCAGGUGGCCACAGCCUUAACAAAUCAUAUCAGGCACUUUUCGAAUCGAGGAGAUCUGGCUCGGACAUGACUUCCCAAAGAAACAUAUUCGCUUUCUUGUCAAUGGCGCUUUUUGUGGCACUCCUCCUUGUGAUCCACAGUCACUCCUCAAACUGUGACAAGUCCGCUUCAGCGAUGCGAAAGUCAUCCUCUUGUGAAAUCACAUUUUCGGAAUACAAGGGCCAUCAAUACUACAACAAAGAAAGUGGCUCUGUGGGAACACCAAAGUGCCUUGUGGAAAGCAAAUGGAUGAAACUAUCUCAGCACAACGUCAAGUUCCCAGGAAGCAACACAGUAUUCGAUGACUGGCUAUGGAUCGAUUAUCAUGAUAGAAUCAAUGUACUUGUAGAGGACCAAAGAGUUUCUGGAGAGGAGAGAAAGUUCCUAGUAUUUGAGCAAUCGAAGUAUGCCCUAGAAGGACGCCAGUCACUAGCAAUCAUUGGUGGAGUGAUCGAGCCUGGAGAAGAGGCAGAAAAUGCAGCCCGAAGAGAAGUUGCCGAAGAAAUGAACGGACUUCAAUGUGCAAAUUUUCAUUUCUUGGGACGAUAUAGAACUGAUGUGAAUAGAGGAAUGGGCUGGGUGAACUCGUUUCUUGCAACUAACUGUUCACGAGAUCAAAAAGCAAAGUCAUUUGGAAUCGAUGAAAAAGAUGAAGUGGGCGCUCCCGAUACGGAACGUCAAGACCUGACAUCAAUAACACUCUCUCGACUGAAAGAAGCUUCAAGAAAUGGCGAGUUCCUAGAGGUUCAGUGGACUGCGACAGUCGCUUUGGCUCUCAUGCAUCCAGAGAUAGAAGCUGCGCAAUAG